AUGAACAACCACAGUGUUCCUCUAUCGCCCGUAUUGCCACUCACAAGUUUUGGAAACGUGUUGGUGUUCCUCUUCAGCAUUCUUCUGGCGACGACCAUCAUUUUUCUCAACUUCUCGGUGCUACUGUCCAUUUUGAUGAACAAAUCGCUGCGCAACGAGAACCGUUUCAUGUUCAUGUUGAGCACCUGCCUGAGUGACAUCUGCUCCGGGGUGUCUUAUUAUUAUGCUGGUGUUCUCGACGUGAGGGACCACUACACCUCUCCCAAUAGAACCUUCUACAUCGUCCCUACAUUCCUCGGGCUGUCAUACAUGGCCAUAAUCGCUGCUCAGGCAGACCGUUACCAUGCGGUGGCUUCUCCUUUCAAAUAUUCCCAACGAAUGACCAGAAACAGGACCCUUCUUGUCAUUCUUGUUUACUGGGUAUAUGCCUUCGUCAUUGUCGCUGUCAACAACCUAGUUCCAGUGGGGACAGCCAAAAGAGUCACUGGCAUCGGUUCGUUCCUGGGGAACAUAUGCACUGUCAUAAUUAUGAUUGGUCUGAAUAUCCGACUGUACUACAUUGCCACGUUUCAGUUGAUGAAGGAGCCGCCCUCCGCAGACAGGGAUGGCAAACGCUCCUCGAUUUAUCUCGUCGUGAUCGUUGCUGUGUUUUUUCUAGGGGCCUGGUUGCCCCUAUUCAUUCACAUUAUUGUGUGUAGUUUCAGCGGCACUACGUGUUAUUCGUUUAAGAACGAAGGCACUGACCCCAUUCGUAUUCUGCCCCGCCUUAACGCCGUGAUCACCCCUGUUCUGUAUACCAGAGGAUGCACUGCGCUCAGAGAAAGUCUUUUCACCCACGUCUGGCGAUCCUGCUGCCGGAGGUGA